GAAAAACAGAUAUCGUUGGCUUCGUCUCUUCAACAAGAUCUCAAAUCCGAUUUUCAUCACCUGUAAGUAUCUCUCUCCAACUGCACAUUUCCGGCGAAUGACACUUUCCCGGAAAAAAUUGAACUUUUUACUUUUGAUUCAGCUAUCAAUUUUUUUGAUGAAAAAAUCGAUCCUUUUGUUUUUCCUCUUCUUCUGGAAAUCUGGUCACGAGAUUUGGGUUUUAUUUCUUUUAGUGAGAUCAAUCGAUCAGCUUGCUUGAAUUUUACUAUAAUCUUCGAUCUUUCGAUGAAAUUAAAGUUAACGAUUGUUGAUAUUGAGGACAGGAGAUUCUAACAAACUUGAGCUAAACGUCAAGUUUCCUUUACUAGUUUCCACAGAGAAAUCAUGGGGUUCUGGACACUAAUGGAAGGAUUGCUACUAUUUGCAAACGCACUGGCUAUCUUAAACGAAGACCGUUUUCUAGCUCCCAAAGGAUGGACGCUCGCAGAACUCCACCAAACGGGCAAAAGAAACUCUCUCAAAGGCCAAAUCAUUGGUCUCAUCCACGCCUGUCAUUACAUGAGGCUUCCUCUCAUGCUCUUUAACUUAAUUGUCAUUGUCUUUAAGCUUUUCUCUGGUUAAAAUGAUCAAACCCCGUUUUUGAAUAAACUCAAUCCAAACAUUUCUGCAACUUCUUUAGCAAUUCAUUUUAUAGUAUUUAACUUCAAAAGCUCAGAUUUGUAUACAUUAUUGUUAUGCUUCUUACAACUACAAACACAGUGAAACAAAAUAAAAACAAGUUCUUUG